AAGAGGGACGGUUUCGUCGCAUGCGAGCUGACACAAUAACUCAAAAAAGGUAAAAACUUAAAAAUGAACCAGACGCGACGAAAGAGACGACCCGAUCCAUCUCCGCCGCCGCUGAUCUCUCCCCGCGUCAGAAACAUCUUCCUCCUCCUCACUUUCCUUUUCAUCAUCUACAUCCUCUUCUCCUACGGCACUUUCCGCCGCGAUCGAUUCUCAUCCCUCGCCCGCUCCUUAUCCGUCUUCCCCACCCAACGCCGCCACUUGCUCUUCUCCAUCGCCGCCUCGCACGGCUCCUGGCUCGCCCGCAGCUCCUACGUCCGCCUCUGGUACUCCCCCAAGUCCACGCGCGCCGUCGUCUUCCUCGAUCGCGGCGGAUUCGAUCCCGAUCCAGCUCUCCCUCCUGUAACCGUCUCCGAAGACGUCUCCAGGUUCCCUUACAACUUCCCCGGCGGCCUCCGAUCCGCGAUCCGCGUGGCUCGCGUCGUCAAGGAGGCGGUUGAUCGGGGGGAUAACAAAGACGUGCGGUGGUUCGUUUUCGGGGAUGAUGACACUGUCUUCUUUGUGGAUAAUCUGGUGACGGUUUUGUGCAAGUAUGAUCAUAGGAAGUGGUGGUACGUUGGGAGUAACUCGGAGUUUUAUGAUCAGAACGUGAGGUACUCCUUUGAUAUGGCCUUUGGUGGUGGUGGAUUCGCUAUCAGUGCUUCGCUUGGGAAGGUUCUUGCUAAGGUUUUGGAUUCUUGUUUGAUGAGGUACUCUCACAUGUAUGGUAGUGACUCCAGGAUCUUCUCUUGCGUUGCUGAGCUUGGUGUUGCAUUGACUCAUGAGCCUGGGUUUCAUCAGAUUGAUGUAAGAGGGAACCUAUUUGGACUGUUGUGUGCGCACCCUUUAUCUCCGUUGGUAUCACUUCAUCACUUAGACGCAGUUGAUCCAUUCUUUCCAAAAACAAACCGGACAGAAUCAGUGGCUCGUCUCAUCAAGGCUGCGAGUUUUGAUUCAGCAAGGAUUUUGCAGCAGAGUGUGUGCUAUGAUUCUUCAAACACAGUGACUGUUUCGGUUGUGUGGGGUUACGCGGUCCAAGUUUACGAAGGCAAUAAACUCCUCCCGGAUCUUCUCACCGUGCAAAAGACCUUUUCUACAUGGAGGAGAGGAUCAGGGGUCCGGAGCAAUUAUAUGUUCAGUACAAGAGAAUAUCCCAGGGACCCAUGUGCGAGACCGCUUGUCUUUUUCUUGGAUAGUUUAGGAUCGGAUGGAACUGGAGGGACAUGGAGUAGCUAUGGCCUCCAUAGUGUUGGAAACUGCCAUAGAGUAGAAGCUGUUAAGGGACUACAACACAUCAGAGUUCUGUCUCGUAAGCUGGAACUUAAUGGUGAACAGAUUAAUCCGCCUCGCCGCCAGUGUUGUGACAUCUCAUCGCCUUAUAACAAAUCAAUGAUCAUUAAUAUAAGACAAUGCAUGCCGGAGGAGUUGAUUGCCAUGAACACUUAGUGUUUUUUUCUUGGGCAUUAGCUUCAAGAAUCAGCUAACCAAAGCCUGAGCCUAUGAUUCUUCUGCUAUAAGACCAAUGGCAUAAUUCUAGCCUGUAGGUGGGUCACUUUUAUCUUCCUGUUCAAAUCUGGUCCAUACAUAAACUCGUACAAUUUCCCGACCAAGUUUGUUUCUUUGUAUCUCCCUUUGCAAAACUCCGAAGGAGAAUAAAUCUCAGAUCCUUCCUCUGUAUAUAUGGUUGUGCAGGCGUUGAUGUCACUCGUACUUAGAUUCAAAGUUUUGAGUUUUUUC